CAGAACAGAACGGUACCAUUCUUUGAGAGCCAGUCAGUGCGCAACAUUCAUUUUUAGUAGGGAAUUGGCUCUCGAACUGGAGCGCGGUCGCAACGAUCGCAAGAGACACCUGUUGCGCCAUUAAGUAAGCCGGCAGCCGCGAAACACGAACGCAAUAACGAUGCGCUCUAUUCGAAUGUGUUUGCGCGCCAAGUGACAACGUGAUUUGUUGACGAUUUUCGUUCUAUGUUUUGAAGAGAAAGGUUUUUUCAAAGAAGAGAAAUAAACGAGGUAAACGACAGGUAACGGUAGCAGAAGGCAGAGAACGCAUUAUCGCAAAUCAGGGUGAAAGAGCUAGAACGGAAGCUUCAAAAACCGCCAAAAGACGUACAAAAAGGACACAAGGAUGUUGAAAGUAGUGGGAUUGGAGGAUAACCAGCGAUUUGCAUUGAUGAAAUUUAGGCGGACAGUUCAAGAUAUUCUGAAACAACCGCAUCAUGACGAUAACUUUCUACUACGUUGGCUUCGAGCAAGAAAAUGGGACUCGGCUGCUGCGGAGAAGAUGUUACGUGAGUCUAUGGAGUGGCGAAAACAAUGGGAAGUUGACAAAUUAGCCGAAUGGGAUCCUCCUCAAAUUUUGAAUGACUAUCUACCUCACGGUUUAUGCGGUUUCGAUAAAGACGGUGCCCCAGUGAUUGUAGUGUAUUUCGACGCAUUUGAUAUUUAUGGUAUUUUGCACGUAGUCUCGAGAAGGGAUAUGAUAAAGGUGACCAUAAAACGUCUCGAAGAAUACUUAAAAUUAUGUAGAGAACAAAUGUUAAAACACGGUCCAGCAGCUGGUCAGGUGGUCGUAAUUUUUGAUAUGCAGGGUUUUAACUUGAAACAAUAUCUCUGGAGACCAGCUGGAGAAGUUGUCAUUACUUUAAUCCAAAUGUAUGAGGCUAAUUACCCAGAGAUUUUAAAGACCUGUUACAUAAUUAAUGCUCCAAAGGUAUUUGCUUUCGCAUUUUCGGUGGCGAAAAAGUUUAUGAACGAGUAUACCUUAUCAAAGAUUCAAAUAUACAAAUCGGAUCCUGCGAGAUGGCAGACAGCGAUAUUCAGUAACAUUGACAGAGAUCAAGUGCCUGCUUUCCUUGGAGGCACCCUUAAAGAUCCUGAUGGCAACCCAAAGCUUGGGACCAAGAUUUGUCUUGGUGGCAAAGUCCCUAAAGAAAUGUAUGUAAAUAACACAGAGAAAGAUAAGGAGAACUUUACAACAGUUACAAUUAAGAAAGGUGGGAAACUAGAGCUUGAUAUCCCAGCGUCUGAAAUGGGAUCUCUGUUAAGCUGGGAAUUUCGUACCGAGAAUCAUGACAUUAGAUUUGGUAUUGUGAAGAAAGAUUAUAAUGGAAUACAGAAAGAAGUGAUACCAAUGCGACGAGUAGCAGCCCAUCAAUUAGAUGAGAUUGGAAUUUUGACCUGUGAAGUACCUUCUAUAUAUUCCAUUAUUUUUGAUAACACUUAUAGCAUAAUAAGAAAUAAAAAAAUCCAUUACUCCGUGAAAGUUAUACCACCAUCAGGAUCACAAGAAAUAACACCAACAACUUUAUAAUUAAUAUACUUAGAAUAAUAAUAUAUUAUAGAAAAUAUUCUCU